GACGCACGGAUGUACGAGACAGGCCAGCGCGCGAAAUAUAUAUCGCAAACAAAGCGAAAGCAGGGGAAGACACCUUACUUAACUUCUGGAUAUUUAGCCACAAAUCUAAACUUUAAAAAGAAAUACUUUACCAGAGUAACGGUGAAGCUGUCGGGAUGGGUUUGCUCGAGCGCUGCCACGAGCUCUUCAACACUUCAAACCUGUACGAGGUGCUGGCCGUCAACAAAGAGGCGACCGAGACUGAGGUCCGGAGGAGCUACUACAAAGUUUCGCUGAAAGUGCACCCGGACCGGGCUCCCGAAGACCCGCUGGCCACGGAGAAAUUCCAGGUGUUGGGACAGCUGUAUGCGGUGCUGAACGACAAGGAGCAAAGAGCUGUGUACGAUGAGCAGGGGACGGUAGAUGAAGAGUCUGAUGUCCUGAGUCAAGACCGCUGCUGGGAGGACUACUGGAGACUGCUCUUCCCCAAGAUUACGGUGAAGGACAUCCUCGAGUUUGAGAAUAAAUAUAAGGGCUCUGAAGAGGAGCGGCAGGAUGUGAUCCAGCUGUACGAGCAGCACCAGGGGAACAUGGACACAAUCACAGCUUCGGCAAUGUGCUGCUCCCAGGAAGAUGAGCCAAGGCUCUGCGGUAUCAUCCAGGCUGCUAUCGAGGGCGGAGAAGUCACCGCGUUUCCGGCGUUUACGAAGGAGAGCGACAAGAAGAGGAGGGCUCGCAGGAAGAGGGCCAAUAGGGAGCGACAGGAAGCAGAAGAAAUGCAGAAAGAGAUGGGGCUCGGUGAUGAGGAUGACAGUCUUGUCAUGAUGCUUAAGCAAAAACAGAAGUCCAGAGAGCAGAGUUUCCUCUCUGACCUGGAAGCAAAAUACUCCAAAAAAAGUGGGCCCCAAAAAGGAAAAAGAGGGAAAAAGUGAGAAGCGUUGAGGCUCUGGUUAUAGCAGAUACAGUGUAUAUAAAUAGUGGCACUUCUUAAAAAAUAACGUUUAGAUUAAUAAGAGCAUUCGAUGUAUGAGCUGCGUUUGUCGAGCUGCUCUCUUUGUCGGCCUCACGAGCUUUUCAUGUGACGCUUCUCAAAAUGUAAAUGUAUCUUUUAUUUCUUGUUUUUUUUUUUUUUUGUCAGUCUUAAUAAAAAAUGAAUGAACUCAUAUUUAUAUACUUUGUCAGUACUCCGGUUUUUAAUAUUUUUUGUAUAAAAGAAAAUGCAUCGAAGAUGAGCUUUGAUUUUCAAGCUUUGUCACCUGUGUCGCAUGGCUGUCAGACUAUAUUUCAUUAACGAAUGAAGGGAGAACUACCCUGAUGUUCCCUGUCAAAGCAUCCCCACAUGGCUUUGUUCAGGUAAUAAGCAAAAUGUACCUUAAAUAUUCAUUUGUACAGACAUGAUGAAUUAGUUAUUUGCAGGUUCUUCUAUUCCUACAUUUAUCUUGAGGUAUAGAUGUGAAAGCACGUGGGCUACAGAGAUUUUCAGCCACCAUAUUCUGAUUAAUAUGAUUUUAAAGUGAGUUGACAAUUGUGUCCUUAUAAAAGAUACAGUACCGAACUCCCUGAUGUAGCAUCAGAGAGGAAAGAAAGUGCUUUUCAUCCUCUCCAUCCCCGUCUGGGUGGAUGUGUUAUUCCCUGCAUAGUCAUUUACCAGCACAACAACACACUGUGGAGGAUAAUAUACUGUACAUUCACAUAAAUAUAUAUAUAUAUAUAUAUAUACACAUUCAGACCAUACGUACAAAUG